UGGGGCAGCUCUCCCCGACGGGGGAGGCCUGGCCCCCGGCCCCCGCUGGCGCCACCCCUGCCAUUCCCCUACAGUAACAUAUCUGUCACAACUUAAGAUUCCCAUGCCUUUUAAUCAGUCAAACUCAUUUCCUCGCCUUCACGUGAAGCACUGCUCAGUUAUAAUUAUAAUUACUAUUUAUUAACUUAAUGUAUACAGAUUCAGAUCACUGUGUUUACUGCAGAAUAGAAGAGCUUUUUCGAUUUAUUCAUGUUUACCUUUCUCCAGAACAAGAUGUGAAAAGACUCGAUUCCAUUCUUUAGUAUAUAUUUUCUUGCUGCUAGGGCACGGUGUCCUACAAAAAGCUGUUGAAAAUAUAUUUCUAAAGCAGUUGAAUUAUGCAAAUACACGUUUAUUGUUACUUGAAGCCUUUUUUCACCUAAUUGUUUGCAUAUCGGUGACAUAGUGACAUACUUUAUGAAAACUGUUCAGAUCUUGGCCUACUGCACUUGGUUUUUUUUUAUCGCCCGGUCGUCAGUCAGAUGAAUUGUGUUUAUACCUAUUAUUAUUCAUAUGUAUGUUUUUCUUUCUUAUGACCAUUACGAAAUAAAUGUUACUGAAUUUGAUUUGAUUUGAUAUUAGCCCAAUUCAAGUCAGCCAAAAGUAAUUUUAACUUUAGGCAAGAAAUUAAUCAAAUACGGAAAAAGUCUUAUGACGUUAUCAGUCACGUGAUAUUUGCACCGCAAUAUUUGUUUUAUAGUGGGCGUGUCGCUAACACGAAUUUCAACAGAGUAGCGGGUCCAUAAGUUCCAUAAGGAAGUUUAUGUUAUCACGUCUAAUACUAAUCAUUCAUUGUCAUAUUUGUACAAAUAGUCAACUUGCUGUACUCAAUUGAGCAGAUCAGACGUGAUCGUACUCUCUCGGAUAUCUACGUGUGUCUUCAUAAGUAGACUUCACGUUUAUUUUAUAUGAAUAUGUAUCCAGUUGUAUUAUUAUUAAGCAUAUUAUCUUGUUUUGUUGGAUCAUGGAGUGAGUCUGUUGAGAAUUCAGUGUCGGUGUUAAUUCUUGGGGCAGGAGCGGCCGGCUUGCAGGCAGCGCAAACUCUAAUUGAUAAUGGUGUUGAUGAUUUUUUGAUUCUUGAGGGUGCAGACUACAUAGGGGGCCGUGUGCAUGAUGUGGAAUUUGCUGGUGUUCGUGUAGAGCAAGGUGCCAACUGGGCCCAGCCCGGUGGUGGGGAACUAGAGGAUUUAGUGAGGGACCUGGGAAUGGAAACUCACCUUACCAACUGGUUUUCCUACGUUGCUUACAACAGUACUGGUCACAAUAUAACUGAUGAAGCGAUUGAAAUGUUUGAUGUGAUGGACGAGAAGCUUCGAAAAGCAUUUGCUAUCGCUGAAGAACUUUGGGAAAUUGGUGACACAGAUAUGUCGAUUCGAUCGGCGCUGAGGACUGUCGGUUGGUUGCCAAAAACACCACUUGAACACGCAAUCGAAUGGUCGUACAUUGACUAUGAAAUAGCAGAUAUACCUGAGGUUUCAUCUUUAAAAUACCAUUCAACUGAAAUUGGUGAAUUCAUUAAACGGGUUGGAGACGAGGAAAAACUCCUACUAGUUAAAGAUCCACGUGGAUUUAAGUACAUCUUUAACGCCACCAUGCAGUUUUUAUCCGAUGAAUAUCAACGCAACAAGAUUCUUCUUAACAAACGAAUAACAACUAUUGAUCAAUCAUCAGGCGAUUAUGUUCUUGUAACUUGCGAUGACGGGACACAGUAUCAGGCAAACCGUGCCAUAGUCACAUUCAGUUUAGGUGUCCUACAAAACCAGUUGGUCACCUUCAAGCCCCAGUUACCGGGUUGGAAACUCCGAACGCUUAACCGCCUCGAAAUGGCAUCCUAUAGCAAGAUUUAUGUACAAUUUCCUGUGAAUUUUUGGGGUGAACGAGAGAUUAUCAUGAGAACUAGUGAUCAACGUGGGAAAUAUCCGUUUUACAUGAACUUAGAAGCAGAAGGCCUGUAUCCAGUUGGAACAAACGCAUUACUUGUUGAGGCAACAGGUGACGAGUCUAGAAGGAUUGAAGCUCAAUCAGACGAAGUGACGAAAGCUGAAAUCGAGGCUGUUCUACGUGGUAUUUUCGGCUAUGAGAACGUUCCAAACGCGACGGAUAUUUUCAUUUCAGGAUGGACGCGGAACCCGUUGACGAUGGGAGCGUAUUCUGCUUGGACACCAACGUUGGAAGAGGAGUGUUCCAUCAAGAUGCAGUCACGCGUUGAUAGACUUUUCUUUGGUGGUGAACAUACGACCGACCUAAGUGGUUUUGUUAUAGGAGCACUUAAAAGUGGCGAAAGAGAAGCAAAGAAGGUGGUUGAAUGCCAAGCGGGGAAUGACUGCCCACAAUGGCAAGCAGAUCAAUCAUGCUAUUGCAGCAGUAACGCAGUUGUUGCAAACGUGGCAAAAGUUUUUGUAACGAGUAUUGGCAUACUAAUGAUAUUUUGUAUUAAAAUUAUCUCGUCUACCGAUUAAAAUCUCAAGUAUACGGAAAUUCGAUUGUGGGUUCUCGAAAUGGCGGCAUUGCUCAUGUCUUAAGUCUUCAGAAUACAUUAGAUUGCGGUACGACGAUAACAAAACAUUGUGCGUAGGCCUACGUAUCGUACAUACGUACAAUUCUAAUAGUUACCUUUGUAGCAGACGAUUUGUUAGAAAGCCCUAAUGAUGGCGUCUGUAGAGGGGAAUGAAAACAAUAACACACUAUACUAUACGGUAUAUUAAACAACCCCUAUUAAACGUUAGAUUAUUAAUUAUUUUUUUCCAUAAUGCCUAUCCAUUAAUCUAUUAUUAAACAAUACAUUAUAUAGAUUGUACAAUAUUAUUGUUUUCUAUAUUAUUAAAAGUAAAUAUUUGGAUAUUUACAUAGGCCUAUUUCUUAAUAAAGUUAUCAAAUAAAUGUGUAGGUUUACUUAAAAUUGUGCACACAUUUAUUUCUAAAGCUUAACAAAUAGAAUAAAAAAUAUUUAAUUACUAUUAUUAUGGCUAUAACCUUCGCAGUUUUUUUUUUCAUAUAAGAUUCCUUGGAUAAGUUUUUCUUAGAUUUUCUGUUUAUACACCCACGGUUAAUAAUUGAAUAAUAUUUCAGUGUAUGCAAGGCAAACUUGCUCCAUCAUAUUUAUUAUUAGACAUUAAUCAUAAUCAAUAUCAUCGUUCACAUAAAAUUACAAACUUAGUUUUAAAAUUUUACUCAAAAUGAACUUUUCCACCCGCGGAAAAUGCCUGUAAUGCCAGUGAAUUCCCUUAGAUUCUGUGUAAAUAACAUAGGCCUAAUUACCAGUUUUUAUGGGAUUUCUAUUUUAGAGCAUGGAGGAAAUAUGUUAGAGCUUAUAUUCUUCAUGUUUUUUUUUUUAUUGAUAAAGAUGAGACGGAAAAUAACGUAUAUGCUUUUUAAAUUUCAUAGAUUCAGGAAAUAGAAAACACUUGGAUCUAUGACUCCAGAUAAGGAUUCGACUCUGUAUGCAUAAUGUUGUCGGAGUCGCAUAUGUCUACUGAUAGACCAAAUCCAUUAGGUCUAUAUAAAAUUACUUAAAAUCGAAUCACGCACAAGUGUGAUCACAAAGGCUUAUCUGAAGGAAGAUCAACACAGCUGUUGGAGUCUAGUUAUUCACCUUUUUGUUCAGGAAUACUGAACAAUUAUUAUCUGAUUCAUUAUCUUUUGACUCUUAAACCGUAAUAAUGAGAGAUGUGAUACGUGUUGCAUUGAUAUUAUAACACCCCGCGCGGACGUGCCAUCUCAGUUCCUAUGUUGGUGAGAGGGUAUGCCGUCUUACAGUGUGGCUGAUCAUCAUCUAGGCCACACAUUAGUGUCUCCAGCGGUGGUUCCAAAAAUUCCGACAUUUCCGACGGGGUGUGGGGAAGGAGGUCUGAACCAAGGGGCUGAUUAGAGCUUUGGUCAGAAAAAAUCCCUGGGUUCACGGAGACAGUUUUUAUGGCUUACAGCACAAAUUGUGUUUUUUAGACCAUAAUUGUAUUAGGGAUUGGUAAUUCAAAUUCAUAAUUAACCUUUUUUCCUCUUUUGUGAGUUACCACACAUUUAUUUCCUUGUUUCUUUUCCAAACAAAAAAUUGUUGAUAACAAUGUCAAAAUAUUGAGCUAAUAAAUAUUAUAAUCAUAUAUAAGAUCUAAUAAUAUAAUGUAUAGGGCCUAAAUUAUUUGUACAAUAUUUUCAUCACAAUAGUUAAUAGAAUAAUUAUGGGUUUAAUUUUUUUGCAGCAUUGACAAAUUGUAGGGAUCAAAUUGCUCACUGAGCUUUUUAUAUGAAAAUAGUUAACUUUAUUGCAAUCGUAUAAAAGAUUGGAUAAUACGAAAUAUUCGAAUAGAAAUGAUAUAAAAAAAAAACGCAGAAAAUGAAAUGGUUAAAAUUUAGAAUAAUAGCGUUAGUUGGAUAGGCAAGUUAUUAUUUUUGAUCCUUUCAGAUUUUUUUUUUUUUUUUU